AUGGGAUCCACCAGUAAAGCAAAGGAGCGUCUCACACGUACGAACGAACGGCUGUUGAAACAGAUGUACUCAACCCCGCACCUGGCAGAGUUACACAAUAUCAUUUUGGCGGAGAUAACCAUGGACUCGACUGUCUCCAGCUACGAAAGGCGCGAUAUGUGGCAGAGCGAUGUGUUGCAGAGACAGGUCGUCAAGUAUUGGUUUCUGGACUCGGCAGGGACGACUGGCGGUGAGUAUGCAAUCUCUUCGGUCAAUUUUGACUCAGAUACCACCAAUCGUGGCCCAUCGACAGAAGAUAGCGAGACACGCAUUCCAGUCGAAGAUUAG